UGUAACAAUGGUCCUUGGCUGCUGUGGAGCCAGAGUCACCCAAUCAGCACUCUCCACAUAGCAUCUUCAUUUGCAUGCUAUUGUCUAUAACUGGCCAUGCCGACAAAAGCCUGGUGACAUUUGAAGGCAGGAGCUUAAGGAGGGAAGAACAAUGGCUGCUAAACAGCAAGGCAAAAAGAAAGCCAGGGAUAUGAAGAGAAAGAAGGCCCAGAAGAAGCACCAACAAGCUAGACAGAAGCAGAAGAAGCUCCAACCUCGAAAACAGAAGAAGCACCAGCCUCGUCUUAAGCGUCAAGCCAAGCGGACAUCUGCCGCUAAGGCAGGGAGCAGUGAGCAGCAGUCAAAGAUCUGUUCCCCGAGGCUCUUUGCCUCCAAAAUACUGCGACAGAUGCCCAAGGUGCGUAUGGAGGCCAAGGCCAGGGGCCUGAUGAAGACCUUGUUGACGGACUUAUAUGACCACGUGGCGACCCAGGUGGAGACCUUGAGCCAAAGGGAUGAGCAGUCCAUCAUCAGCUGCACUGAUGUCCAAGCUGCCUUGAAGGAGGCCAUGGAAAAGGAGUUGGCCAAGCACACGGCCGAACAGUCCACCCCCAGCACCACUGAGUGCGCUUAGAGAAACACCCCUCCCCGUCUCCAACAGGUCAAGAAGGGAGAGGACCAAAGAUUGCCCUGAGAAGAUCCUAGUAAUACCCGAGAGACUUUAAAAUAUUUUGCUGCCUUAAGUCCAAGGAAUCCUGCCAUUUACCACUUUCUAAGUUGCCAGUUUCACCUCCAACAAUCUUCACUCAAACAAUUGUAAGAGACAGAAGGGAUUAUUAGACUCUAUAUGUGAAUGAGAUUUCCCAUUGAUGUAAACAAGAAUCGGAAAGGCAGAGUGGAGAG